AUGUCGGAUGUGUCGAACUCCUUCUCAGCUUGGGAGACGUUGCCGGAGGACGAACCUCCGCUGUGCAUCGCAGUUCGACGCUCAGUGUCACCUCCACGCCCCUAUGAGGCGGUGUUCAAGCGUUUUGCUUGGUCCAACCCACUGUGGCCAAAAUUAUUCCCCGGUGUUCGAAAAAUGGAAGCUGAAGUUGUUCGAAUGUGUUGUACACUUAUGCAUGGCGAUGAAAAUAGUUGUGGGACGAUGUCCACAGGAGGUACGAUAUCGAUCCUAUUGGCCUGCUUAGCACAUCGUAACAGAGCUCUCAAAAAAGGAAUACUGUUCCCAGAAAUGAUAAUUCCAACAUCAGCUCAUGCAGCAUUCACGAAAGCAGCUGAAGUUUUCCGAAUUCGCGUCGUUCGAGUCUCGGUCGAUCCUCAAACAUUCAAAGUUGAUCUACAGAAGAUGAGAUCAGCAAUAACAGCCAGGACAUGCAUGCUUGUUGGUUCAGCACCGAACUUUCCAUUCGGUACUGUCGAUGACAUCGUUGGAAUAGGAAAACUUGGGCUAGAAUAUGACAUUCCGGUUCACGUUGAUGCAUGUCUGGGUGGUUUCAUCCUUCCAUUCCUUACGGAUCCACAUCGAUUCGACUUCAGUGUUCCUGGCGUUUGUUCAAUAUCAGCCGAUACUCAUAAGUACGGAUUAUCACCAAAAGGUUCUUCGGUAGUUCUCUACAGAAACAAGGAAUAUUUACACAAUCAAUAUUUCUGUGAUGCCGACUGGCAGGGUGGGAUUUAUGCAUCGUCCACUUUAGAAGGAAGUCGUUGCGGAUUGAAUAUCGCUUUGUGUUGGUCCUCACUACUAUUUCAAGGUGUAAAUAAAUAUAAACAACAUGCAAAAAAGAUAGCUGAAACUACAAAGAAAAUCCGGAAAGGGAUAAGUGAAAUGCCAGAACUUCGCCUUCAAGGAGCUUCCGAUGUUUGUAUUGUAAGUUGGACAAGUGAUACAAUCGAUAUUCAUCGUCUAUACGAUCUUAUUGGUAAAAAAGGCUGGCAACUGACAAAUCUACAAUUUCCAUCAGGGAUACAUAUUAUGGUAACUUUGAACCAUACGGGGAAUGGAGUAGCCGAAAAUCUUCUCGCGGACAUAAAGAAAUCUAUUGACGAGAUUAAAGCUAACCCAACGACCAAAUUAGAGGAAGCGGCAGCUCUUUACGGAAUGGCACAAAAAAUCCCGGAUCGAUCAAUAGUGCAAGAGUUCGCCUACACAUAUUUGGAUGCAUGUUAUUCUAGUCCUAAAGAUGUUCAGGGAUAA